GGGCGGGACCCACAGAGUGAGGCGGAGGUGGGUCGGCUAGACCGGCACAGACGGUGAAGGAGCUGGAUACCGACUGGGACUGAGCCGAUAGACCCAGGUUCUGAUCUUUGGUACUACAGGAGCUGCUCUUCAAGCCCACUCUGCUCCUGGAUCUAUGGAUUCUCCAUCUAGCAUUUCUUCUUAUUCCUCCUCCUCUCUCUCCCCGUCAUUUUCCACGUCCCCUGUGAACAGUGACUUUAGCUUCCCUUCUGAUAAUGAGAGAGAGGGCAAGGAUACCCGUGAGCUUAGGCCAGACACUGUGGGUCAGAGAGGAGGUUCCAGGCCCAGUCCAGGCCCUAUCCGCUGCAGACAUCGACCCAGGAUUUCUAGUAACCAACAUACAGCAUCUCAUCUGGAACAGCAAGGAUCUGAAGUCAAAAGAUCAAGAGACGGUGAAUUGGAGACAAGUCUAAACAUGCAGGGAUGUACUACAGAGGGAGACCUGCUCUUUGCUCAAAAGUGUAAAGAACUCCAAGGGUUCAUACGGCCUCUCACAGACCUACUGAAUGGACUAAAAAUGGGUCGCUUUGACAGAGGAUUAAGUAGCUUCCAACAGAGUGUGGCCAUGGACCGGAUCCAGCGUAUAGUGGGUGUCUUACAGAAGCCUCAGAUGGGAGAGCGUUAUCUAGGAACCUUGCUGCAAGUGGAAGGGAUGUUAAAGACUUGGUUUCCUAAUAUAGCUGCCCAGAAGUCAUCCUCAGGAGGCAGCAGGCAUCAGAUAAGCAAGCACUUUCCCAGCCACCACAGUGAUUCGGGUGCUUCUUCUCCUGCACCUCUCAUAGAGAAGAUGGGCCAAACACAGCUGGGACAUUUAGUUUUGAAACCAAAGCAGCCUUGGCAUCUCACAGGAUGGCCGGCUAUGAACCUCACCUGGAUUCAUAACACUCCAAUUUGUAACCCUCCCCUCAGUUCCCAAGGCUCCACCUCUGGCCACAGUCCCAUGGGCACUGGAGCCAGCAUUGGUGUCAUCCUUGUCCUCCAGAAAGGAGGACAGCCCUUCACCCAUUCUGCCCCAGGCACUCCGAUCCCACCAACUACACUGUCUCCUGUCAUCCCCGGUGAUCUGAAGAAACUGUCUGGAGAGGAGCCUCGCUGCCACAGUUUGCCAGUAACACUGCCAUCAGACUGGAGUUGCAUCCUUUGUCCAUCUGUCCUACCUACCACAGACAGAGAGAUGACUAAAGGACACCCAGCGCCACAGAUGCUUAGCCGUCCUCCACUUACUCCUGAUCCUCAGCUCUAACUCAGGCUUUUCAACUGUCCCGAGUCCCAGUUUGUAUGAAUAUAUGUUUAUGUACUUUUUUUUUACUUUUAAUGUAUUUGUGGUGAGGAAAAAUAAAUCCUUUCUGAUUAAAGGCAUUUUUUU